CUGGGGCACCCUGGCAGCCCCCAGCCUGGCGGCAGGCAAGGCCUGGGCCCUGCAGCCAUGUUGGCCCUGCUCAGCCCAGCCUGAUCCCUGCCCUCACGCCUCUGCUUGCAGCCCGCCAUGGAGGAGGACGUCUCCCCGGGCCCUCGCCCGGCCGGCCCCAGCCGCAUCCCGGGCCCCCCGCUGCGGCGGUACGGCCCCUCUGGGACCCCCACCCAGCGGAGCUGCCUCUGGGUCACCCUGCGGCACGGGGGGACCCCCUGGCAGCGGCUGCGGGGCCCGGCCCCCGUCACCCCCGUCCCCCCACGCCCCCGGCACGCUCCGGGGUCUGGCGGGACUGAGGCUGCCCCAGCGGAGAAGACGCCGGGCACCGGGGACCCACGCACCGGACCAGUGGAGAGCAAAACCGAAUCAGCCAUGUCUGAGCUAGUCCCAGAGCCGCGACAAAAGCCAGUAGUGCCGAUGAAACCCAUGGGCAUUAAUGCCAACUUGCUGGGCUACAUCGGCAUCGACACCAUCAUUGAGCAGAUGCGCAAGAAGACCAUGAAGACAGGUUUCGACUUCAACAUCAUGGUUGUAGGUCAGAGCGGACUGGGAAAGUCAACGCUGGUGAACACCCUCUUCAAAUCCCAGGUGAGCCGCAAAUCUUCGGGCUGGAACCGGGAGGAGAAGAUCCCCAAGACAGUGGAGAUCAAAGCCAUCGGGCAUGUUAUUGAAGAAGGCGGUGUCAAAAUGAAGCUGACAGUGAUAGACACCCCAGGAUUCGGAGACCAGAUCAACAAUGAGAACUGCUGGGAGCCUAUCGAGAAAUACAUCAACGAGCAAUAUGAAAAAUUUCUGAAAGAGGAAGUGAAUAUUGCGAGGAAGAAGCGAAUUCCAGACACACGAGUGCACUGCUGCCUCUACUUCAUCUCCCCCACAGGCCACUCCCUGCGGCCUUUGGACCUGGAGUUCAUGAAACACCUCAGCAAGGUAGUGAACAUCAUCCCGGUUAUUGCCAAGGCUGACACCAUGACCUUGGAGGAGAAGAUUGAAUUCAAACAGAGAGUGCGCAAAGAGCUCGAAGUAAACGGAAUCGAGUUUUACCCCCAGAAAGAAUUUGAUGAGGACUUGGAGGAUAAAACAGAGAACGACAAAAUCAGGCAGGAAAGCAUGCCCUUCGCAGUAGUGGGCAGUGACAAGGAGUACCAAGUGAAUGGAAAAAGAGUCCUGGGCAGGAAAACACCUUGGGGAAUCAUUGAAGUGGAAAACCUCACUCACUGUGAAUUUGCCCUCCUUCGAGAUUUUGUCAUCAGGACCCACCUUCAGGACCUGAAAGAAGUGACCCACAACAUCCACUACGAGACCUACAGGGCCAAGCGGCUGAACGACAACGGAGGGCUGCCCCCCAUGACCGCUGAGACAGAGGAAAACCACGAAAGUAAUCUGUGAAUGACCCCUCUCCGCUGUCACAUCAUGUCUCUGGAUACGAAAACCCACCCCUGUUACCCUUGGCUCUACCGUGGGCCUGUCUCUGAAGCAUGUGGAACAUCCUCUGUGUGUGUGAGGGUUGUGUGCGUGUGAGUGUGUGUGCCUGCACCUAACUGUGUGCCGGAGGGGGACCAAAGGCAUCUCCUCCGUCCUUCCCAGACCGUCCUCAUUCUUGGUUUAUUUUUUUUGCACAGCUGACUGUCCGUCAUCUUCCUUUCUCUUGUUUCUGUGUCUCAGCUGUGUGUCUUGUCUGGGGGAAAUAGGAAGGGGGGAAUGAUUUAUGGGGGCAAGAGGGCUUCGGAGGUGGGAGGUGUGGGGCAUGUUUUUAUCUCUUGGAGGUAUGACAAGGAGAGACUCCAGGAGAGACAGUGGAGUUGGAGCAUGCAGUAUCUUCACGUGAUGGCUUUCUCCCAGGUCCUUGGCGGGUGGGAAGACAGACGACUGCUCAGACAGGAUGGUGGCCCAGCAUUUUACCCCCCUUUCUUGCUGUGGCUUCCCGAAGGGAAAUGGCAACUUGGAAGUGGAUAGAUGGGAGAAGUGACAGACUGACAUGUUUUGUGGUUCGGGGGAAAUGAGUGAGGGGAGGAGACGCAGAAUUAAAUUUUGGGCCGUAGCAGCUACCUGAAAAGCAUCAAAGUGCUUGGGGGAAAGAGCCAUAUUUUCCAAAAGUAAAGAGUAAACGAACA